CAAAUCGCAGCUGAGCUUGUCGCCGCAACACACACGGAUUUCGAGAUACGACGACUGACGACGACGGAACGAACCUCCCCACCUUGAACGCCAGCCGCCACGCCGUUUCAAACAACAAGCUACAGCAAUCAUGGCCCCCGCCGCAGCUCAAGGAGGAAAGAAGCAGAAGAAGAAGUGGUCCAAGGGAAAGGUCAAGGACAAGGCCCAGCAUGCCGUCAUCAUGGACAAGCUUGUCCAGGAGCGUCUUAACAAGGACGUCCUCACCUACCGUCUGAUCACCACCGCUGUUCUCGUCGACAGACUGAAGAUCAACGGAUCGCUCGCCCGCAAGGCGCUCGCCGACCUCGAGGAGAGGGGUGUCAUCAAGAAGAUUGUUGGACACUCUAAGCUUUCCAUCUACACGAGAGCUGUCGCCGCUGCCGAGUAGAAGGAAAAGAUAGGACGUUAACUCGUGUUUUGUUCUUUCUUUUGGGUGGAGGGGAAAAUACAAAAUUUCUCUUCGUGCCUUUUGCUUUGGGUGUUGAGGGUCUUCUUCUUUGUGCAUACUGGGAAUGCGAAUCAAAACAAAAUAACGAAUUCACGUUCCAAGUCCAC